AUGUCUUUACCCAAAUCAAGCAAUACGGAAUACAAGGCAGAAAUUGCACAAACUCGGUCCUUCUUGAGAUUAUAUUCGGAUCAGGCUCAGUGUUUGAAAUUGGAGAAGGAAUAUCAAGCAAAAGUAAAUUUGAAUUCCAAUAUUUCACGACAAGAGGCUUUCAAUGAUGUUGAAGAGCCUCCUCAUUCUUCUUCUUCUUCCGAUGAUGAGAAUGAUGAUGAAUUAUGGAAAAACCAAAAGUCUUUUUAUCCAUUAUGCAUGGCAACUAUGGAUUAUUUCAGACGAUGGGUACCCACUAAUGAUGAUGAUCUUUCAUCUUCCUCUUCUUCAACAACAUCUCUUUUAAUUUCCAAGAUGAAUGAAGAAGAAUAUUAUCAAAAUAAGUAUAAUGAGAAGAAGCAGAAACAACCUUCUUCAUUGGAAUGGAGCUCACGAUUGGAAAACUCGGAAAUGAUUCAUUUCAAUCAAUUUCAUGUGAAUUCUGCUUCUGAAAUCAGUUCUCUUCAACAGUUUAUAAAAGACCAUUCACAUCCUUCAUCGUGGAUGGAACAAGCUCAUCAAAAUGAACAAUUUAUGAAUCAAGUGAAGAGAAGUCGAAUACGAGAUGUCAUGCCUCAAUUUUCCAAUCGUCUCAGAGAAUGGAAAGCUGCAAAUCGUGGUGCGUAUAAGGAUGUAGAAUCUCAGGAUGAAACUACAAAAAUGUUUGACAUUUUCUUGUCAGAUGUUAAAAACAGACUUGCCAAUUGUUUGGCUAACAAGAAAACCAAAUGGCAACAAGUGUUACAAAUCAAUGACAAGUCUCUGAAGGCAACUACUCCUCUCCACUCAACACAUGAGGAAUUAAUGGCAAAAUUUGCAUUUGCUCAUUGUGGUGCCUCCUAUCACGAAUUAUUGUUUAAGGGAGUUAUGAUGAGUUGUGAAAAAUCAUUGAAAACAUGUUUAGAACAGCGGCUGUCCUUCAUGAAGAAUAAUUUUCGAGAGAAUUUGGAAAAUGAAAAAGUUGGUCCCAUAUUCAACUGUUCAGAAGAAUUACUUAAUGACGGCAACUUGGACUGCUCCAAAUUUGCAAAACAACACAUCUUUGACUUGAUGAAUACACAUCUCAAAUAG